ACCAUCCGGUACGCAGGUGGAUCCGGGACCAUCCACCUUGAACCCCGGGUUGUCGCGAUGACACGUCGGCUUGCCACGAGGUGAACGCGUCGGAAACGAGGUGCUUUUCGUCGUGCUUUUCUCGUGCCGCAAAAUCUCCCUCCGCUCUUUCGUCCUGAUCUCCUACUACUCUGCGGUCCGCUGCGGUUGGCUCGUUUUAAUGCGGAUGAGAAUUGAUCAUGUCUGUCUCUUUGACCGCGUCUGUUAUUACUUGUUUGCUUCCGUUAGUCGAAUCUGAUAGCUUGACGAGGCUGAGAAGAAAACCGGGUGUGGUAAAAGCGAUUCAAUGUGCAUUUUAGAAAUAGCUGAAAUAGCGUGAACCAAUCAUUGAAGUUAAUAGCUUGGCAAUUGAGAAGUGUACAUCGGCAGAUUAUUUUAUCUAUGAAAGAUUGCAAUUUCAAUGUUUAACCUAAUUUGUUAUACGUUCUUCUUUGCUGCAGCCUCAAUUAUACAACUUGUUUGUAUUUGAUUUUUCCUUUAUGAGGUCUUGGCAGAUCUUAUUUCAUUAACUAAAUACCGAGAAACGUAGAGUGCUUCAAAGAAGAUGUACAAUUUACAAGAUUGUGGUCACGUGAUUAUUGCAUCAUGCAUUUCUGCUUUGUUAAAUUUCCACAUAGAAUUCUAAAACACUUUCGUGCAACAACAACGCAAUAAACGAAAGUACAGUUUCUAAUUAAUCUUCUCAGUUGUUUUUAAUUUACCAAAGAUAAUUGAUCAACACAUUUAUGAGCUGCACUUUUUGCCGUCUUUAAAAAAAGCUUUUUAGUAAAUGAACGUACGUACAGAUGUGAUAGAAGUUAUUGAAUCAUUGCGUUGCAUGAGAUGUUUGAGAUAAUCCACUUCGCGAAAUGUCGCACGUGGACAGAUGGAAUCACAAACGUCUCGAUCACGUGGCCACUGCGAUCUCACCGGGAUUACCGCCUGGUAUCGAUGCAAUUUCGCGCAUCAACAUGGACUUCAUUUGAAUUAAGGAUUAAAUUGGCGAUCUCGACGGCAGAUUGGCUAAUUUCAAGAUUAAUCCAUGAUUGAACUUUGACCUUAUCCGCGUCGUACGAUCGGCAUAUCGAUACCUCACGUAUUAUUAGUUUAAGACACUUCAAAUCGGAUACAUAAUUGCCAUCACUAUCAUUAUUAUCAAUCUUAUCCACAAAGUAGCUCCUUUUGCUUGGUGUUAUCUUUUCAGUUUUCAACGUUACGUAUUUUAAGAUUGUUGGUCCGAUUGCCAGCAAAAUGCUGCAAAGUGGCACAGAGAUGGUAACAGAAUUAUAUCCCCAGCGGCAUCGUGGCGUCGUUCUUUCGAGGGAACUUUUUGUUUUCCAUCCUCGCAGUCUAUGUAACUGGCGACCGAGCCGAACGCGUCUUGGCAGGCACAAUUUUCCGGAAAACGACCAAAUACUCGGAGCGUUCCAAAUAGAGUUCGUAAUCAAAGUUCGAGUUUAAACCAUCAAAAUCAAUUUUUACCGACUUCCGCGACUACGCGUCAAUCUAUCCGAGAGAACUUAUUUAAAAUUAAGUUUGACUAUAGGAGAUUGAAAUGUCAUGUCAUCAUAAAAUGAGAAAAUGGCUUCUGCACUAAAACUUUUUGCAAAAUUCGAUAAGAGAUUAAGUUGUUAUAAAAUUAAUUAGUGUUAUUGAUUUUCAUCAUGGAGGGAUUUAUCAGAUAAUUACAGCUUGAUAUCAAGAUAUCCUUUCCUCUCAUUAAAGCGCAGUGUCCUAUUUUAGAGAUAAAGGAAACAUGAUACACUUUUAUUAAGAAAAAGUAAAAAUAUACUUUCAAAUCAAGUUACUGAUAUUGAGUAGCAGUAAAUGAUACCUAUACAUAUUUCUUGCCUAAAAUAUUGAAAGAAAUUCAUAAUUCUAUUUAUAUUCGAGCUGAUAGUUCUAUUCCGACUCAAGUUUUAUAAUUAUCUGUUAAACGUAUAUGUUUAAUAAUAGCACAAAUUUAAUUAUUUAAAUUUCUCCACGUCCAUUACGGCAAUCUGCAGUUUAGCACAAGAGCCACAGCCGAUCAUCUACCCCCUACGGAAUAAAAUUAAUUCCGUUGCCUUUGUUUCAUUAUUCAAUUCUCGGCUUAUAUCCGCCCUCGCCUCAGGGACAGCAAUUAACAUAAUGAAUUUCGGCCGCAUCACACAUGCCUCGCCAUUUAUCUUUUAGAUACGUUCAGAGGCCUAAAGUACCGGGAUUAAACCGAACGGCGAAUUCUUAUGAGACUUGCCGAAUAGCAGACAACGUUAAAUUAAGAUGACUUGCAAUAUCUCGCUCGCAAUAACCUGCCAACGUUCAAACGUUUAUUUUCACCACUUUGAAGUCGCUCGUUUGUUUCCAUCGAAUGUAUCGCGUCUCUCACAAAGUCUCCUUUGACUCUCGUCGCUCAUUAACGUCGUCACUGUCGUCAGCCUGAGAUGCACCUUCUCUCAACCUCUUCGUGAUUCUAGUCACGAUUUUAUUUUAUAUUGCAACUAUUAUUCAUAUCGCGUAAGUGACUUACUUGGAAAACACUAUCCGUUCUUCUUUUCUAUCGUAUUUUCCGCAGUUCUCUCGCUGAUGUAAAAAAAUGAAACGUCUAGCAGAUAUUAUGGACACGUUGUAACACGUAUAUGCAAAUGAAAAUGAGGAUGUCUCCAUGUGUACUAGAUGCCAGGAGAAUGACGCGCCAUUGUUCCCACGCACGUCUGACUCUGACAGAAGCUCGAUGAUUCGUUUGCCGAUCGGCAAGGCCGACUAGCCGUCGGCGAUUGCUUUCACGCAUGAACGUGAAUCGCUUAGCCUCACCCGAAUGAAAAUGCACGACGUUUCUGCAUAGUUGUCCGCCACGACUUCCGUCGGCUUCCGGUACUCUCGCGUCACAACUUUGCGCGAUCAGGUUUCGAAGGAAGACAUUUAGUAUUCCGCCGAACUACGACGUAAUCUCGUGGGAUUUGCAUCGAAACCUGGCAACGUAUUCCUUCAUAAUCUUGUAACCGAAGUUAAUCUGUUGCUUAAAUCUAGACGAAGCUUAAUCUAAUAGCUAAUUUAAUCACCGAAAACAUCUAAAAUGUUGAACUGAAAAAAAUGUCCGCAAAUAGGCAAGAUUUCUUUAUGAUAAAAUUGUUUUUGGCGCAAAAUAUGAGCAUUAAGUCAUGAGAACUAUUGUUUUCAUGUUAUUUCAUGGACCCGCUUCUCGAAAACGGAUGAUAAACGGUAAAGAGAUACUCAUUUCUUCAGUUUCAACGAAAGCGAUAAAAUUCGCUUUAGCGCGACUGAAAAUCGUCGUGUUCGGGUAUUCUCAUCAAUUCUGUUUUCUUUCUAAUGACCGAUGUGUGGUUGGCAAUGGUACAGCGGACGUUUGACGGAAUAAUGUGCAUGCUAAGUGUGCGCAUACCGAAAGAGUUUUUGCGCGCUGUAACGUCGCGUGCAACGAUAAAUCAUAGAGUCCUUCAAGCGGGAAUGUAGACCAUUUUUCCGCCACGGAGAAGAGAGGGAGAGGGAAAAAUAGAAAAGCGCGCCGCAUUUCCCUCUCCUCGAAACUUCCCAAAUCAUUCUCUCGCCGGAUCACACUCGAAAAUUUAUACUUAUCGCACCUAGAUAGCGCGGAUAGUGGAUAUAAGGAAUUUUCUUUCGAAACCCAGCCAUCCGCGCAAUAUUUAUCUACGUUCAAAUGCGAUCGUGCCGAUAGCGCGAGAGAGAUGGACGAUUCCGCACUUAUCACUUCCUCAUUAACGCGGCGCGUAAUCGAAUGCUAAAUAAUAGAAUCUAUUGUACGCUCGCGAUGCGGAAGACGGGCUGAAAUAAACGUGCAUUUCUGCAACGCGUCAUUGACAUUCGGCCAUUCAGUUUAAUAAUCGAAUGCAAUCUUCCCGUUAUUGAUGAAAUCAAAUAUUAAUGCGAGACUAUAUAUAUCACGAUAUCAUAGUGACGACGAGCUUCUGUCGAUGCAAACUGAUUAGCUUCGUUAUCGACCUGAUGUACCUUGACGAGUAUAAGAGUGUAAUCCUGUAGAUGUAGAAAUAUAGAAUUUUCAACAAUUGCGGAACGUAAUUCGUUCUCUCUAAAAUCUUUAUCGAUGAUCACUUCAUCGAUAGACCUGAUUUAUAAUUAAUAUCCUUUAGAAAGUUAUAAUUUUUCUUAUCGCGAAUCCACGUGUCUAAUUCAUUCCUUUACGCUCAAUUUAGCAUUGAUUUAAUUAUUUGAUAUAGCAUCAGCGAUCAUUAGUUACUAAUCGGUCAAACAUCGUUAACGGGACAUCCACGAGCCUAAUUUAACGUGACCACACGAGCGGAGUCGUUAAACUCGCUUUGAUGAUUUUCAAUAAGUGACGUGUGGGAGACAGGAGUGGAAUACGCGACAUAAAUCGUAUAACGGGGCCCGCGAUGGAAAUACCUCGCAUGCCCACGCGGCGGGAGCUAAAUUAACAGCAUGCGGUGUAAUUUUAGCGUAAUGUAAAUCGAUAUCGCUGCGGUGCUCCCCCGCUCUCUGCAGACCCCCUAAACGUGAACGUCACGGAAUGCCGCUUUGUACGAGACAUUUCGCGUCGCCGGCGGUAUCGCGGCCGAGGCUGUAAAUUUUUCAAACGGCUGGCAAUCAGCCAGACAUUUUUGUUACGAGCCCAUGACCGGCGUAACACUACACACCGUGUCGUGCACCCUACUUUAAUGAACACCUUCGCGCUAUGCACCCGUGUCAUCUGCCCGCGGCGGCAUGCCUACCAUGCUUUAUGAUGCCCGCAAGUUCUCCCGUCUUAUGUUACUCGUGUGAAUAUGUUUACGAGUAUAUCAAAAUCAUGUGAUAUUUUGCAGAGAUAUUUCUCUCUCGUCGCUUCUAAUGUAAGAUUAGUUUAUAUUUUCCUUUUAUAGACUUCACUGUCUAAUAAGUGUUUAUAGAAGUGUAAUAAUAUAUUUAAAAAGGGAGGUAAGCGUAUAGAAAAAUGAGGAAAUUUGAGAUACCAAACGUAAUUUUGAUUUGUCAAAGAAUCCGCUGUAAGAAUUUCUUGAACGAUCAUCUUUCUUCUCCACCACCACUUCAGUGUCAAUUUCUCCCUUCCAAUAUUGCUAAACGUUGACUGCGAAACACGAGCCAACUUCUACGACGCAAAGGCCGACGACCUGAGCCCAAGUCCGACGUAACCUUACCAAUAUUCCUUCUCAGAUACUCGCCCGAACGAGUUCUCCAUUCUCGAAUCGAAUCUGAACAGGCGAGUCGCGACGCGAUCGGUUCCCCGCUCGACAAUGUGAUGUCAAUUGUCGUGGUGAAAUCGCCGUGUUGACGAUCCCCAGGAAAGAAAAGAGGAGACGAUGAUGAACGGCGAGCGAGAUUCGUGACUGUUUCGCGGACAGUAAGAAGAGGACCACGAAGAGCGAACGGAAGGAGGAGGAAGCGGGCCGGUCCGGUGGGGCCCCGGCCAUGGGGGAGACAGCAUGUUCUCCGAGCUGUGCAGGGAGACCCUGCGGAAGGCAGCAGUGUGUUACUCUGCUCGUGCAGGAAGUCCAUCACCAUCGCCACCAACGUCUCCGCCGCCAUCACCCGCCAAGGAGGCAAAGACUGCUGCCAACGCUGACCUGGCAAAUGUCCGUGACGCCAGCCACGAAGGAGCCAGAGACCAUCACCAGUACCAUCAUUCAGGGACCACUGCCGGAAAGCGAGCGUCGCCGACCGGAAACGCCGCCGCCGCCGCCGGCGAGCCCAGAGAUCCGGCCUCAGAAAGAUCGGCCCCGACCGAUCGUCCAAACGACUUCAGGGAGUACGUUUACGUCCGAAAGAAUUCUACCUUGGCGCGUAAACCGUGGCGUAAACGUAAACGUACUCCCAGAAAGCGGCCGGCGAUGCCCACUGACUUCAGCAAACGAUUGCCUGGACUCGAAGCCAGAGAAGGGCGACGUGGCGGCACGUACGGUGCCGCCGAGUCCAGGGAGUCCCGAUCGGUGUCCCCCGAGAAAGGAACAGCACGUCAGCGCGAGGACCACCGAGGAGGCGGUGGAAGCGGCGGAGGAAGUGCCGGCAGCGAGUGCGGCAGACCGGACUCGAGAGUCGGCCGACGAUCCCCAGGGUCGUCGCCCGAACCCGAGGACAACUCCUCAACUUCUGGCGACGAAGCUGGAGCCGCUCCUGAGGAAACUAACCAAAGGUCCAGUUCUGCACACAAUCGCCACUCUCUCACGAAGGAACAAACGAUGCACUGGUUCGCCCAGAUUGGUGGUGAUGACUCCUUCGCUUUGACAGAUGUGAAGCGCCCGCGAAGUCUCUACGACGAGGACUCCCUCGACGGCGAUCGUCCUUACGAGAAUGAAGGACGGGAGUCGACGGGAAGCUCGAAGGAAUUGGACAGGGCGAAGCUCGUCCGCGAGAGGCAGAACGAGGAGCGGCAGCGGAAGUUGGAGGAACUCAGGCAGCAGGCUCUCGCCGCGCAACGCUUCCGUGAGCAGCGUGAGGAAGAACGACGAAGACGAAUCGAUGAGCUCAGAUCGCGUGAUAACGACAGACGAAAUCAAGUCGAGGAGAGAAAACGGCUGAUAUGCGAGGCGGAGCGAGAGAGACGGGAGGCUAUCCUCCGCAAGAAUCAGGAGAGGGAGGCGCGCAUCGAGGCGAGGAGGAGAAACGAGAGAUCGCACAUCGUCUUCGCGUUCGGCAGCUCCACACCGCGGAUGCUGGAGCCUGCCGACACCGGCGGCUCUACUUUCUGGGGCACCCGCAGAGCCACCUCCACUACCAAUGUCAUGAUGUUCUCUGCUGCGCAGCCUCUCACCAGGAGGUCCUCCGAAAGAGAGCUCGACGGCAGCAAGAAACGGGCCACUUCCGCCGGCGGACUCGACCGGAAGCCGGGCGAAGAUAUGAGAAUGUCCUCGUCCAUGUACGAGGUGUUCAAUUGGAAUUCUAGCCCCGAUCCCCCCUUAACUCCUGCCAAGCAUAAGAGAGCCAGCCUCUCUCUGCCCCCCACAACCGACAUCUUUGCCGUCGAUGAUAAGUCCGAUAGCGACACUAGGCGUCCCAUGAUUCAGCGGGUUGCCAGUGGUGACGAUAGCGACGGUGGUGGCACGCCCAGCACUCCGACCUCGGUUUAUCUACGUGUCAACAGGAGACGCACCGACCUCAUGCCGACGAUACCAUCCCCGCGCGACGGCCCGCCGUCGACGGCACGCAGUUCCAGCGCCAAGGCCUUCACACGCUCGCCAGGUAGGACUUACUCCAUGUCGAGGCUGGACCAGCUGGCGCAGCCUAGGAAACGCACGGCCGAGCAGCAACUCGGCACGUUGACGGAGCAACAGCAAAGCCAGCCUCUGCAGAGCGCUUCUAGCAUGAGUCGCAGCAUGUCGCACUUGGCCGCGCCCGGCGGAGCCAAGAGCCUAAAACGCUCCGAUAACUCGCGCAGCAUGGGCACGCUACCGGGCGCGGCGCCUAUGCCCAGACCCACCCGCGCCGAAAGACUGCGCCGUAAGGCCCGCGAGCACCAGCAGGCCCAGCAGCAGCAAGGUAUCCGCAGCGGCGAAGUGACACCCAACAGCCCGUCCCGACCGCACAGCUCCAUGAGCCAGCAGAGUGCCAGCAGCGUGGGCAGCAGUAACGUCAAUCUGCGUACCCGCACGGCCGCGUCGCGCCGACCGCGGCCUGCUUCUAUUGCCGGUACCGGUGUCUCGGUCACAGAGAAACACAAUCUGGUGGGUGAUAUGAAAUUAACGAAGGAUUCAAAGCCACCACUGCCAAAGGUCCAUAGCACUCCAAAGAAACCUUCUACACCCAAAGCCGCGGAAGUAAGGAAGCCGACGGAGAAAUUAAUCAAGAAUGCCAAGUCAUCACCGCGAAUAACUCCGAAAGCGACACCUCUGCAAAGUCCUGGAGUUGAGCACGUACCGCUCAUCCGCGAAACUAACGCGGAAAUCAUAAAGCAGGAUGAGGGUAAAGAGACGCAAGAUGUGAAAUCGGAAGACAAACACGAGGAAAAGAAGGAUCAGGGUAGCGAAAAGACGCAGGAAGCGAAUGUUGUCGAAUCUUUAACUAACGAUGUAAAGGUAGCGAUGGAACCUGUGUCGGCAAGCAAACAAGUCAAAGACGAAACUAAUUUAAUGCAAGAGAAUCUGUCGGGUGCUAUUGCGGAAGAACCAUCGAAAGUUGUUAAAAAGGAAGAGAACAAGCAGGAGAAGAAAUCGCCAGAGAUGACUGAAACCAAGCUUGAAGGUGAAGUGGAUGAGCAGGUCGACAUGUCAGCUUCGAUGAUCGCGAAAAUCAGAAUCACCACUGAAGAGGAAGCAAAGGCCGCUUUGGCUGAGCGUAGGAGAUUAGCUCGCGAACAAGCGGAACGAGAAGCGGAAUUGGAGCGUCUGCGACAGGAAGAAGAAGCGCGUCUAGAAGCUGAAAGAUUGCGCGCGGAGGAAGAAGAGCAACGUCGUCUGGAGGAAGAAACUAUACGCUUAGCUAAUGAAGCUCGAGAGGCAGAGGAACAGCGAUUGCAAUUGGCAAUCGAGGAAGCUAAACGUCGCGAGGAAGAGGAUAGAAGAAAAAGAGAAGAAGAAGCUCGUCAGAAACAAGAGAAAGAAGAAGCAGAACGCAAAGCGAGAGAAGAAGCAGAAAGACAACGAAUCGAAAUGGCUGAGAGGCUUAAGAAGGAAGAAGAGGAGCGCAACGCCAGACGCAAACGAGUCGAGGCGAUUAUGCUUAGGACUAGAGGCAAAAAUCAAAGCAAUACGUCUGCCAAGGGAGAGGGCGGUGAUGGCGACAAGCUAAAAGAAGAUAGCCCUACUGACGAGAACAAACCGGUACCGGACGGUAAAGGUGACGACGUCAUGACAGCCAGUUUAAUUUCCGAGGCGACUCAGCAAUUUAUCAGCGGCGAACAGCGGGCGCAUCACACGGAAAAUAGCGUACCUGCACCGGACAUAGUGCACAACGGCACGUCACAUAGCAACGGCAUUAACGAAAGUAAAAUUGUAUUGGAUAAUAAUCAGGGUAACGUUGAAGGAGAGUUGAACGGUCAUCAUACGAAUCACGGGAACGGUAUCAACAGUCAAUCGAUUACGCUGGACAAUGCCACUGUCAAGCAAAACAACGUGACCAACAACCUGUUAGACCUGUCGGACUUCGAUACUCUGAGUAAUAACAGUAGCGGCUACGAUACCGGGCCGAUACUCGAACUGACGCCCAAUCUGGCGAACGAGGAUACCCUCAACUCCAAUCUGAAUCCAACGGCAAUGCCGUUUACCCCGAUGGGGUUCGCCGCCGCUAAUGUCAAUGUCAAUCCGUUCCAAGACAAUUUCAUCAACAAGCCACAGGAUAACAACCAAGUACCAGAUCUACUAUCAUAAGGUGUCUCUUAAACGUUCCCGGACGAACAGAGAAAGAGCAGUUGGGCAACUGAUAACCGAAUUGCUCAUAGCGAGCAAUAGCUAUAUUCGGAACGAGACGUUGUUGUUUAUGAUAAUGUAAAUAACCGCCGUCGCGCGACGUAUCAUGUGUAAAGGGGAUAUCUCGGUGAACGAGGGCGCAAGGACCAUCCCCCAAGCCCCACAAUUAUGCCGAGCUCUGAGCGUCAUCACCGGGAAGAAAAAAGUGUAAAAUAAUAUAUAAUGUUAAUUAAUUAUUAUUGCGCAACAGCAAAGUGUGGACACUCAAUCUGUGUGUCGUAGUACGCUAUUAGGAAAAUAACUUUCUUAAGGAAAGGGGUUGAGGCCUGUGUUUGUAACACAUCGUUUUCGGAUGUUCAUACACGGACGUAUUUUACGAUAACGAAUUGACAUGAAAUUUAUUUUCUCUCACAUAUAUACACGAACACACAUAUAUACACGAUUUCGCCCUUACCACACACGUAUAUGUGUGUAGAUUACAAGUAAGAUUUUUGAGGCGUUAAUCAAUAGAGAUGAGAGAAUUGGAAAUUACGCGAAGAGAGUAAAUGACGAAUAAAUAUAGCACAAGAAACGAAAGAAGAAGAGGGAUAAAAUAGAAAGGAGUCAGAUCAAACGCUGAGAACGUAUCUGCCAAAACGACGGAUUAGAGAAUGUCCCUAACAUAUAAGAGAUAACGUAGCAUGGUACUAUCUUAUAACAAUUUCACAAGCGGAUUUAAGCGCGUUAUCGUGUUUCAACAUAAGAGACAUUCUUGCGGAUACGAGAUGGGGAAAAGUAGCACGGACAGAGAAAAAGAAAACACUUUUCUUCCAUACCAGAUUUCGGGGCGUGCGCUCACUAGUCAAGCAAUCUUACUGUUUUUUUUUCUUUUCUUCUUUUUAUCGUAUUUCAUUUAGAGGGCCUACUUAACAUUGGUAUAUACUCUA